AUGUCGCUGCCCAUUCGGAGUCACGACACAAACCCCGACUCUGUGACCCAGUCGCAGUCACAGUCACAGUCGCAAUCGCAGCUGCAGCCCCUCGUGCCGUCGUCGCCGCUCUUUUUCGCCUCCAGUUCGUCCAACCCUGGAUCAGAUAACCUACCAUCUUCACAAAGACAAAACGUAUCGUCUCCACUCCAUUACACAUCGCUGAGUCGCCACCAUGGCUCUGAGCUCUCGUCUUCAAGAGCCCGCUCCGACAACUUGACCUCGGAUGUGGACCGUAUUGUUCGUAGACCACUUCGGUCUGACUUGAACGCCGAUGGCCUGUCUUCGCCAAUGAGAAGACGGAUGUUUGAUGCCAGACACCCUUCGUCUUCUCGCGGUGGCGAUGGCCAAGACAUUCCUCUGGAUAGUUCUCAAUUGCAGUCGGACGUGUUCGAUUCAGGCGAGCCUAUCAGAGUCAUCUGGGGUACGAAUGUUUCCAUUCAAGACUGUACCAAUUCGUUCCGGGACUUUUUGAUGCUGUUCAAGAUGAAGUACCGCAAGAAUAUGGACGGAUUGCCGGUCGAGCCCGAGGAUCUGCAGCUCUACUACGUGGCUCAAUUGAACGCCAUGAAGGACUUAGGCACCACCAACUUGAACUUGGAUGCCGCCAAUUUGUUGGCCUAUGGAGCCACGAAAAAGUUGUACUACCAACUCAUCAACUAUCCACAAGAAGUCAUUCCAAUCAUGGACCAAACGGUCAAGGACUGCUUGGUGUCCUUGUUCGCUGACCAGGAGCCUGCCCCCUCCUCCAUCGACGAUAUUGAAACGAACAUAUACACUAUUCGUCCCUACAAUAUCAAUGCUGUGCGCCGUGGUAUGCGUGAGUUGAAUCCAAACGAUAUAGAUAAACUUGUCAGUGUGAAAGGUUUGGUUCUUCGUGCGAGUGCCAUUAUCCCUGACAUGAAGGUGGCCUUUUUCAAGUGUACUGCUUGCGAUCACACGAUUGCUGUUGAAAUUGACCGUGGUGUCAUUUCUGAGCCCACCAAAUGUCCAAGAGCUGUGUGUGGCCAGGUCAACACCAUGACGAUCAUUCACAAUAGAUCCUCAUUCGCAGACAAGCAGGUCAUUAAAUUGCAGGAGACUCCUGAUUUGGUUCCAGACGGACAAACUCCCCACUCGGUCAACUUGUGUGUUUACGAUGAGUUGGUUGACACCUGUAGAGCGGGUGACAGAAUCGAGGUUUGUGGUAUUUUCCGUUCGUUGCCCGUGAGAGUCAACACACGUCAGAGAGCUUUGAAGAACUUAUACAAAACAUACUUGGAUGUUGUGCACAUCAAGAAAAUCGACGUGAAGCGUCUUUCUUCGGACUCUUCAACAUUGCAACAGCAGGCAGUCGAAUCGCAAGAGGUCGAGCAGCAAAGGAAAUUGUCUGACGAUAUGAUUGAGAAAAUCAAGGAAGUUUCCCAGAGAGAUGACUUGUAUGAUGUAUUGGCACGUUCCUUGGCUCCCUCGGUCUAUGAGAUGGACGAUGUCAAGAAGGGUAUCCUUCUUCAGCUUUUUGGCGGUACCAACAAAACUUUCAAGAAAGGUGGACGGUACAGAGGCGAUGUCAACAUUCUUCUUUGUGGUGAUCCAUCCACAUCGAAGUCGCAAUUGCUUCAGUACGUGCACAAGAUCGCUCCCAGAGGUAUCUACACUUCUGGUAAAGGUUCAUCUGCAGUCGGUUUAACUGCUUACAUCACCAGAGACAUCGAUACAAAGCAGCUUGUGCUUGAAUCCGGUGCCCUUAUCCUUUCUGAUGGUGGUGUCUGUUGUAUUGACGAGUUUGACAAAAUGAGCGAUGCAACUCGGUCUGUGUUGCACGAAGUUAUGGAGCAGCAGACAAUUUCUAUUGCCAAAGCUGGUAUCAUCACUACACUUAAUGCCAGAACAUCCAUCUUGGCAUCCGCCAACCCUAUCAACUCUCGUUAUGAUCCUAACCUUCCUGUCACAGCCAAUAUCGACUUGCCUCCACCCCUUUUGUCUCGUUUUGAUUUGGUCUAUUUAAUUCUCGACAGAGUUGACGAGAAAAUUGACCGUCACUUGGCCAGUCACAUCACAGACAUGUAUUUGGAAGAUGUACCUGAUUCAGUCUCUACAAACACGAUCUUGCCGGUUGAGAUCCUCAGUGCCUAUAUUCAAUAUGCAAAGGAGAACAUGAAUCCAGUCAUCACUGAAGAGAGCAAAAAUAUUCUUGUUCGAGCAUACGUUGACAUGCGUAAGCUCGGAGAUGAUCCUCGUGCUCUGGAAAAACGAAUCACCGCAACAACCAGACAAUUGGAGUCGAUGAUCAGAUUGGCCGAGGCACACGCCAAGAUGCGUUUGAGCCAGGUCGUAGAGGCCAUUGAUGUUCGUGAAGCAGUGCGCUUGAUCAAAUCGGCCAUCAAAGAUUAUGCUACUGAUCCAAAGACGGGUAGAAUCGACAUGACCUUGUUCCAAACAGGUACCAGUGAAGCACAGAAAAAGCUCCGUGAAGACUUGAGUCGCGCAGUUCUUGAAAUGCUUGAAGACGGAAACCCAAUUAGAUAUCAUGACCUCAUGCUUAAGGUGAACGAGAAGCUGAACAUCCGUGUUGAGACCUUUGAUCUCAAUGAGAUUAUCAGACGGUUGGUAGCAGAUGGAAAGAUUUCGGAGCUGGGCGAUCAGCAUCGCCGUACUGUGAGGAAGAUUGCCAUCUUGUAA